AUGGACCGGUCCACCCUGAACACCUUGCGGGAUAGAUGCCCUGCCGUGGCAAAACCUGACCUUGGAACCAAGCGCGUGUGCCCCGAGACGGGCCGCAAGUUCUACGAUCUGAACAAGGACCCGAUCGUCUCUCCCUAUACGGGCAAGUCCUACCCGCUCUCCUUCUUCGAGGAUGAUGGCGCCGACGUCGUCGAGGCCAAGCCCGAAAAGGUCAAAGAGGACGUCGCGGAGACAACCGAGGAAGAGACCGAGACCGAGGGCCCGGAAGUGCUGUCGCUCGAGGAUGCCGACGAGGAAAACGCCGAGGAAGGCGACGACAAUCUGCCGGACCUUGGCGACAAUACCGACGACGAAGUCCUGGACGAUGACGAGGAAGAAGACGACACGUUUCUUCCCAGCGACGAUGAAGACGAGGACGAUGUCAGCGGCAUCGUCGAAAUCAAUCCGGACGAAGACGACUGA